CAGGACCUGGAGGUGAAAGGUCAAGGGUGAAAGGGCUCAACGGUGAGCGCGCGGCGCGGUUCGCGCUGUGACGAGAAAUGGCCAAACAUCAUCCGGACCUGAUCUUCUGCCGCAAGCAGGCGGGCGUGGCUAUUGGAAGAUUGUGUGAAAAAUGUGAUGGUAAAUGCGUGAUCUGCGACUCCUAUGUGCGACCCUGCACACUUGUGCGCAUAUGUGAUGAGUGUAAUUAUGGAUCGUACCAAGGGCGCUGUGUGAUUUGCGGCGGUCCAGGAGUCUCUGAUGCUUAUUACUGCAAAGAGUGCACCAUCCAGGAGAAGGAUAGGGAUGGCUGCCCUAAGAUUGUCAAUCUGGGAAGUUCCAAGACUGAUCUGUUUUACGAGCGCAAGAAGUAUGGUUUCAAGAAGAGGUGAUUCACCCGUGGUGCUGCUGUACCUGUUGCAGUGUUGGGGAAAGGGUCUUAAAGCAUCUCUGGACUUCACUGUUAUUGAGAACUAAUUAAUCUUCUCUAAAAUCUUACAUGUUUAAAUUAUGUGUGUGUGUAAAGGAACAAAAUUGACUGGGGAUUGGAACCCAAUAAUAACGGAUACUGGAGAUGGCAAAAG